UCUCUCUCAUCUCUCUCUCUCUCUCUCUCUCACACACACACACACACACACACACGAACGAAACUCUAAUCUUUCCCUCGCUCUCUCUCUCUGACCUGCACACAAGCGAGUCAAUCUUCUAGUUUCUAUAAUGUGCCUAGGGCUUCUCUGCGACUGAAGCGAAGACGGUGCUGUCUCGAAUAUCAUCUGUCCACGGUUGUCAUAUGCGAUUGAUUCUUUUGGUAGAUAUAUUUUAUUGAUUGAUCGAUCAGUGGUCUUGGGUUUUUAUAGCUUUUGAUUCUGGAAUGGCAGAGACCUCGAGGUCUCAAGUUACCAUCACUUUGGGACGCAGUGGUCAGGUGGUGAAGAGGGCUGGACCUGCAUUAGACAAUUCAUUUUCAGAUUCGCAGCCAGCAGUUGGAAGUAAGCGCUCGGUUAGAGACAGAUUGGGAAAUAAUGUAGAUUCGACCACCCAAAUCAACAGCAAACGGUUUGUUUUAGGGCUUCGGACAAGAUUGUAGAUACUUUGCUAUGAAAUUCUGAUGUACUAUGUCAAUCAGGCCUUCCAAUUUUUGUAGGCCAUUCAAACAGAUCCAUAGUGAUUGACAAUAAUGUUUGCUUAUAUGUUGAAAUUCACCAAUGUUGUUCUAAUAGCUUGUGUUUCUAGAGAACUGAAUUAUUUUAACUGAAAUUGCUAUUUUGAGUUGACAAAUGAAUGGUUAAAUGGGUCGGUAACACUUGUUAUGUAUUUUAAUCUUCUUCUGCAGACAACGUGGAGAUGGUAGUAAAUUGAGUUUAAAUGCUGCACAGGGUGUGGAUGGUAAUAGAUUUGCUCAAUAGUGUUGCUGUGAUAUUGUAUUUCUGAUUUUUGAACCAACUCCUCAAAUACUAAUGUUAUUGCCUUCAAAUUUACAAAGAUAUGCAUCUUGGUAGAGAUGACCUCCGAUACAAAAUCCUGCGAAAAAACGUGCUUAGGCAUACCCAAAGCAAUGACCAGCAGACUGGAAUGGACCUUCGUCAAAUGUUGUCAAGGCCAGCUCAACCUUCAACAACCAGUUUAGGUACACAGCAUCGCAUUCUGGAGCCCAGGGAUGCUAGACAGCAUGUGCCUGAGCCCAAGGAAAUCAGACAGCACUUGCCCGAGCCAAAGGAAGUUAGACAGCGCAUGCCCGAGCUAAACAGUGGUAGUUUACUGGGGCGAGUUCCUUCUAUGAGAAGUGCAGAAGCUUUCCCUCUGAUAGACUCAAUGAGAAACUCUUAUUCUCCCUGGACUUUAGACCGCUUAAGACGAAGAUCACCUGAUGGGGUUUUAGGUUCUUCUAGAGCGCUCUCAAUGGGCACUUCCAGGGGUCUCUCCCCAUCAAGGAGAGAGGAAGAGCUAUACAGAAAGCCAUUGAGCAGAACAUAUGAUGAUGUUAGAACAGCUGCAUAUUUGAGCAAAGAGGUGUCUGAUUUCUCGAGACCCAUGCGAGCUGCAUCUUUUAUGACAAGCCCAGCUCUGCCUGCUGGAUAUACGAAGCCUGUGCCACCCUUGCUAGCUGCACCUCCUCCGGUCAGCAACAUACAGAAAAGUUCAUAUAGAGUUAAUGAAAAACUGACUGUUGAUAGCUUGUUGCAGUCGUUGGGCUUGCAAAAGUAUGCCAUUUAUUUCAAAGCAGAGGAAGUGGACAUGACUGUACUGAGGCAGAUGGGAGACAAUGACCUCAAGGACAUGGGAGUUCCUAUGGGACCAAGAAAAAAAAUUCUGCAAGCUCUUCAGCCUCGUUCCAAACGGCAAGUGUGAUAAUAAGUAUAUCGCAGUUGACAGCAUAUCCAUGGAUAAGUGUACUUUUCCUUUCAAUUUGUGUCAGAAGGUCGUGCUUGAAAUCGAUUCAUCAAUGUUACAUGCCAUAAAUUUUUUCAAUGUAAGAUAUAUUCUAUUUUGUUUGUGAUUCCAACAGCCGGCUUAGAUCUCAUGAGACCCGCCUACUAUUACAACGAAAAAAGCCCUGCCCUUUUCCUUCGCUACUAGGAGAGUAAGCAACUUCUAUUAGUAUUAGCUUUUUAUAUUAUCAUGUUACCUUCUGUAUUGCGGUUGGGAGUCUAUAAUUC